UGGUGCUUCCGAGCCCUUGAAAGUCGGCAGCAUAAAAGACCUGUCGUUAAGCAAAUGCGCGAUGCGCGUCUUCACUCCUGAGGGUUCGGCGCCGUUGUCAGGAUGGCCUGUUCUCCUGUACUUCCAUGGAGGUGGAUGGACGCUAGGCAACAUCGACACCGAGAGCGCGUUCUGCACCAACAUGUGCAAGCGGGCCAACUGUAUAGUCAUCUCGGUCGACUAUCGAUUAGGGCCGGAGGAUCCGUAUCCUGCCGCCGUCGAAGAUGCGGAAGAGGCACUGUAUUGGGUUGCUCGAAACGGCAAAGAGCAGCUUAACGUCGACCCCAACAAGUUAGCCGUUGGAGGAUCCUCUAGUGGAGGAAACCUUGCCGCAGUCGUCGCUUUGAAAGCUGCUGCCGCGGAGCCGCCGAUUCCAUUGGUCCUUCAAUUCUUGUCGGUGCCGGCGGUGGACAACACGGCGACAACUUCUGGCGAACCAUACAAAUCGUGGUCGGAGAACGCCAAUACUGUCCAGCUUUCUCCAGGGCGGAUGUUGUGGUUCCGCGACAACUACUUACCGAACGAGAAGGACAGACUAGCAUGGGACGCUUCCCCUAUAUUCGCACCCGAAGAGCUGGUCAAGAAAGUAACAAAGGCGUGGAUCGCUGUAAUGGAGCUGGACAUCCUCAGGGAUGAGGGCAUUGCAUAUGCUGAGAAGCUGAAGAAAGCUGGAGUUGAAGGCGAAGUCAAGAUGUACAAGGGCGCACCUCACCCUAUCUUGGCCAUGGAUGGCGUUUUGACGAUUGCCAGGACGUUUUUCUCUGAUGCAGUCCAGGUGUUGACAGAAGCAUUCAAGACCAAUUAAUGACCAAGACAAGGCGGAUAGGUCUCAUCGUGCGACAUUGUAAACCUUUAUCACGAUCUAGGAUACCGAAAUGUAAAGUACUAGGAUGUGACUGAGACCUUACCUGAAUGUACUUCGGAUUUACGCGUGCGAAGUU